UCACGUGAUUACUAAACAAACAAUCUCAUCUGUGGAAAGCUUGUGUGCUAUUCUUCAUCGUUGGACACUGUUACUGUUUUAGAUACUAUGAACAGGCAGGUUUUUUGCCUGGUCACAUUAGCUAUAUUGCUGGCGUCUCUCCCAGUGGUUCAGAGCAGGAAGAUUCUUGUCUUUUCUGUGGAUGGCAGCCACUGGGUCAACAUGAACAUCUUGGUUGAAGCACUUCAUGCCAAAGGUCACAACAUUACAGUCAUGCGGAUGACAAAUAGCUGGUACAUCAAAGAGUUCUCACCUCAUUACACAUCAAUCACUCUAAAGUCUGCAGGAGGAUUUGAUGAAGACUUCUUCUCAGUCUUUGCACCCAAACUACUGGGUAUUCUGAGGGAAGGUUCAAUCUGGGCUCAUCUGAAGGUGAAGAUAGAGAUGUGGCAAAGUUUUUCAGGAAUGGUUGAAGUUGAAAACAAAAUGAUAGUCAACAUGUUUGAAGACCAUCAGCUGAUGCAGUCCUUAAAAGAUGCCAAAUAUGAUAUGAUUCUUACAGAUCCGUCCAUGGUCGCAGGUGUUCUAUUGGGUCACUAUCUCAAACUGCCUAUUGUCUACAAUGCCCGCUGGACAGUUUACAGUGAAGCUCAUUUUGCAAUAGCACCAUCUCCUCUUUCUUAUGUUCCUGUGCCACUGCUGGAGUUAUCAGACCGCAUGAGUUUCUUGGAAAGAGUGAGAAAUUUUGUGUUGUACAUCAUACCAGAAAUACAGGCAGCUAUCAUGAAUUCUCCAUCUUAUGAUGCACUCUCUGAACGGUUCAUUGGCCCAGGAAAAUCCGACCUUUCUUUAAUUCAGGAAGCUGAUCUGUGGCUCCAUAGAACUGAUUUUGUUUUCGAAUAUCCACGUCCCACUAUGCCAAACAUCGUCUACAUAGGAGGUUUUCAAUGCAAGCCAUCAAAGCUUCUGCCACAAGAUCUGGAGAACUUUGUUCAGAGCUCUGGUGAUCAUGGUGUCAUUGUCAUGUCUCUGGGAACUCUCAUUGGUCAGCUUCCUAAAGAUGUGGCCGAGGCAAUUGCUGAAGCCUUUGCAGAACUUCCACAGAAGAUCAUCUGGAGGUACAAAGGAAAGAGACCAUCUGCACUAGGAAACAACACCUUAGUAGUGGACUGGAUGCCUCAGAAUGAUCUUCUGGGUCAUCCCAAGACCAGAGCUUUUGUGGCACAUGGAGGAACCAAUGGAGUUCAAGAAGCCAUCUACCACGGGGUGCCAAUCAUUGGAUUUGGACUGAUUUUUGAUCAGCGCGACAAUCUUGAAAAAAUGCAAGUAAAAGGUGCAGCCAAGAAUGUAGACUUUGCCACAAUGGACAAGGAGUCCUUCCUUAAAACUGUCAAAGAGGUUCUUGAUGAUCCCUCUUAUCGGGAGAACAUGCAGAGACUCUCAAGGCUUCACAAGGAUGUUCCAGUGAAGCCUCUGGACAACGCCAUCUUCUGGAUUGAGUUUGUUAUGAGACACAAAGGUGCCGCUCACUUGCGCACAGAGUCGUACAAAAUGCCCUGGUACUCUUAUCACUCUGUUGAUGUUAUUCUGGUGCUGAUUUCUGCUGUGUCACUCAUAAUCUUGACCAUAUAUGCAGUUAUCAGAUAUUUCUGCUGUAAAAUAUGCAUGAGAAAAACAAAAAACAAGCUACGGUAAUGAAAAUGUAAAAUGUAGUUCUAAUACUAUUUGUUACCUAUAAAAAGAUGCUUGGGGAAAUAUUUAGGAAAAAUUGCAUAUUCAGUUGCAUACAUGUUAUGUGCAGUCAUAUGUGUUUAUUUAUAAAAUGUCACCUUUUCUU